GCAACAAAGCCAAGCUUGGCAAAUGCGAUAAAUCGGCGACGAGGCAGAGGAAUUGUGUUGCGGGAGCCUCGUGUUUGCAGAUCAUCGCAAUUCUGAGUGAUGGUCGGAGCUCGUUGCUGUGAGUCGAAUUGAGUUAGCGCAGUGUCGCAUUUGUGGGGCGGUUGCGGGGAAGCAGAAGCAGUGGGAGGACUGAGAAGGAAGUGUUAGGUCUGUUGUGGGAGAAGGCGUUGGGUGGUGUUUUUGGGUUUUGGAUUUGAGGUUAUGGUGCGUGGAGAUGUAUAGGACAGCGUGAAGAAUUUUUAUUUUUUUUGUGCCUUUCUGGAGGUGCUGCUGCUGGUGUGCUGUUGUUGUUGUUUAGCAUCGUGUUGAAGUGCGAUUGAGGCGGAGACGUACAGAAUUUUGGAAGACUAGUGAGGAGUGAGUGUCUGUGGAGGUGGAGAUUGUAGUGUUAGUACUCCAUGCUUGUAGUCUAAUUGUUUGCGUGUGAAUUGAAGUCAGCGCGUAGGUACUUCAAUGCAUUUUAGCUGGUCUUGACCUAAAAUUACAGCAGGCAGGAGCUGGGUUUGGGCUGCGUGGGAGUGACCGAGUGUGGUUACAGCCGGGUAAGAUGCCGAAACGUAAAACUGGAGCUCGGAAGAAGGCUGAGGGUAUGCGGCUGCGGCAGAAGGAGAUUUCGAACAAGAAAUAUGUGGUCGAUCUGGGGAAGCAUCCGUGUAACCAGACUAUGACGUGCGAUUCGUGCACCAGGCAACAAAAGAACAGAGCAUUUUGCUAUUUCUGUGCGAGCUAUCCGAAGACACCCGUCUGUGCUCAAUGUGGGAAAAUCAAGUGCAUGGCGUCGAGUUCUGAUUGUGUGGUGCGACAUCCUGGUAAAAACGUCAGCGGACUUGGGCUGGUGGGAGCCAUCUGUGAUUUCUGUGAAGCUUUCAUCUGCCACUCCAGGAAAUGUCUUACCACACAUGCCUGCAACUGUCCACUAGUCGACGCAACAUGCAUUGAGUGUGAGCGUGUAGUAUGGGAGCACGGAGGUCGAUUGUUCCGUUGCUUUUCUUGCGACAUGUGGUUGUGCGAAGAUGAUCAAUUCGAGCAUCAAGCAUCUUGUCAGCAGCUUGAUACUGAGACCUUCCAUUGUCUUUCGUGCAACCGAACAGGACUGUAUACAUGUCUGCGAUGUAAGAUCUGCUUUUGCGAUGAACAUGUGAAAGGUGUUACGAAUGUAGCUAAGAGAGGAGAGGCUUUGAUGUGCAAAAAGUGUGCCUAUCCGCUCAAGGAGACUAAGGACAUCAGUGUGUCAGUGCGCAUACACAAAUAUGGGCGGCAGGGUGCUGGUGGACAUGAUGACGAAGGAACCUCAGGAGAUGGUGAAUAUGGUGGUUAUGGGGGCUAUGGGGGCUACGGAGGCUUUAGUGGCUAUGGUGGUGUUAGUCACGGUGGUGGGCACGACCAUGAUGACGAUGAUGAAGAAGAUGAUGACGAGGAGGAAGGGUCCGAGGAAGAAGAGGACGAAGAUGAAGAAGAUGAGGAAGAUGAGUAUAAUGGCAGUCAAUCUUUGGGCAUGGCAGCUCUCAAUAUCAAAGAGUAUAAGGUUGAAGGAGGAGGCAGUUCAAACACUAAGGAACGCGAGAAAAAGUCUACCAAGUAGUUCUUGCUCAUUUCUGACUCAAAUCUCAACAAGGUAGAACUUGAAUGUGAGACACUAAGCUAGUCCAAUAAUAUAUUCACCUCUUCAUGCUAUAUAUGCAAGUCGUUGAUGAAGAAAGAGUUUAGAAGAGCAUGCUAUAUCAAUUUUUUUAUGUUUCUCUUGGUGAGAUUUCACCAGCUUAUCCACGUGUGAAGGUGGUCUGGCUGAUCUGAACUGUGUUCCAUGUAUUGAAUAUUGCGAGGACGGAAAAAAAAUUCUGUUC